AUGACUUUUGAUGAAAACAGUUCAGACGCAGCCUUUAGAGGUCUCAUGAAGAAUUUGAACUUAGAUGAGUCGCAAUUCAAGUCAUACAAGACUAACUUUUCCCAAUUGACUUAUGAUCAACUUUCAACCACUAAGAACGAAAUCGAAUCUCAAUUGUCCUUACUAUUUGAUAUACUAUCCAACCAAUAUAAAGCCGAUAUGUCCACUCCAUUGCUAACGGAUGACGGAUAUCCCAGAAGUGAUAUCGAUGUUGUUGGAAUCAGGCUAAUCAGAGUUAAGAUCAUACGGUUGAGAAACGAUGUCAAGUUGGUAUAUUCGUUACUAGAAGCUAAGCUAAUCGAGAGAUUUGAAGAGCAAAAGAAUUCAGGAGUACCAGACACAUCAGAACAAUCGGAACAAGUCAGGAACCCUCUCCUUUACACCAUUGCAUUUGCAACUGUAAGUGAAGUUGUUCCGCAUGGACCUGCUUCUACUUCAGGACUAAAAGAAGGAGACCAGAUCAUUUCCGUGGACGAUAUACACGCUGCUAACCACAACAAAUUGGCCAACAUCUCGCUCAAGGUCCGUGAUAGCGUAGACAAGUCUCUCUCCGUCAUUAUUUUAAGAAAUGGCACCCGUCAAACCCUCGAAUUGAAACCUACUGAUAAAUGGGACGGUAGGGGUUUAUUAGGUUGUCGUCUACUUCCAUUAUAA